GUGAGUUUGAGGCAGGGAGCAUCACCUCUAUCUUCAGCAACCGAGCUGUGGUGAAGUACAGCAGGCUGGAGGAUGUGCUGCAUGGCUGCUCCUGGAAGGUCAACAACAAGCUGGACGGCACCUACCUGCCGCUGCCGGUGCACAAGAUCAUCCAGCGCACAAAAAACAUGAUAAACAAGAUAGUUCAGUACAGCCUAAUUGAGGGGAACUGUGAGCACUUUGUCAAUGACCUCAGAUAUGGUGUGCCCAGGAGCCAGCAGGUGGAGCACGUCCUGGUGGAGGGAGUGAAGGCUGCAGGAGCGGUCCUCUCGGCAGUAGUAGAUAGCAUAAGACCCAAACCCAUAACUGCUUGA